AUGGCAAAAAAUAUGAAGCAUGCUCUCGUGCAUUCUUGUGAAUACAGAGAUUGCCUAGAAUGCGCCAAUAGAAAAGAUCAUCUAUCUGUGAAAGGUGUCAGUAGUAGAUUAGAUCAAGCUUUGAGAGCGGUAACUAAGCUAACGAAACCACUGAAGUUAGCUGGGAAAACAAUAUUUGUUACUGGAGCAAGCAGAGGAAUAGGAAAAGCAAUAGCUCUGAAAGCAGCAAGAGAUGGUGCUAAUGUCGUUAUUGCAGCAAAAACUGCUGAUCCUCAUCCAAAAUUGCCUGGAACAAUUUAUACUGCUGCCAAGGAAGUGGAGGAGGUAGGUGGACGCUGCUUACCAUGUAUAGUUGAUGUACGAAAUGAAGAGGAUGUUCAGCAAGCAGUAAAUGCAGCAGUGAAUAAAUUUGGAGGAAUUGACAUAUUGGUGAACAAUGCAAGUGCUAUACAUCUGACUGGAACUGUAGACACUCCAAUGAAACGUUAUGAUCUAAUGCAUAAUAUUAAUACGAGAGGAACAUUUUUGGUAUCCAAACUUUGCAUACCAUAUCUCAGAGCAUCUUCAAAUGCCCAUAUUUUGAAUAUUAGCCCACCACUGCUCAUGGAAUCUCGUUGGUUCAAAAAUCAUGUUGCAUAUACCAUGGCAAAAUAUGGAAUGUCUAUGUGUGUCUUGGGAAUGGCCGAAGAGCUUAAAUCAGACAACAUUGCUGUCAAUGCUUUGUGGCCCAAAACAGGUAUUUAUGUUUAC